CGGCCUGGCCGCCAUGGAGCCCGUGGGUGCGUGGGACCCUGCGCGGGUGGCUGCCUGGCUGCGAGGGCUGGACCCGGCGGUGCAGGGAUACCCCUUCGAGGCCUGGGGGCUGGCCGGGCCGGAGCUGCUGGGGCUGUCGGAGGGGGCUCUGGAGGCGCUGGGCGUGUGCCAGCUGGGGCACCAGGAGCUGCUGCUGGAGGCCGUGGAGCAGCUGCGAGCCCUGGACGCGGGGCUGGCGAGCACCAGCCUGCGGACGCUGACCGAGAGGCUGCAGGAGCUGGCGCAGGGCAUCCAAGACCUCAUCCUGAGGGGGGCACCUGCAGGGGCUGACCCCCACCCGCCCUCCCUCGCCCUCCUCUCUCGUGUUGUCGACUUGGUCGGUGCUGCCAAGGGGCUCUUCUCCUGGCUUAGCAGGUACCUCUUCUCCACCCUCAACGACUUCUCGGCCAGCCAGGACAUCGUCCUGCUCUGUGCCCAGCUGGCAGAGGCGCUGCAGGCGGACUGCCCUGCAGCUGAGAGGGACAGCAAGAUCCUGUGGAUUUGCCAGCACAUCGUGGGCAUCUGCGAGAGCAUGGUGGGCUGCAGCCCCCCAGCGCUGCUGGACUGCAGGGCUGUGCUGCAGCAAGUGGGGCUGCAGCGGCUCCCUGGCCCCCCGGGCAGCCCCCCAGUGUCCCCCCACACCCCAGCGCUGCCUCUUGGUCUGUGGGGGAGCCCCCCGGCAUCCCCUGGCACCCCGACGCUGCCCACCAGCCCAUGGGCUAGCCCCCCAGCGUCCCCUGGCACCCCGACGCUGCCCUCUGACCCCCCGGGCACUCCCCCACCGCUCCUUACUGCCCCGCUGGGCCUCGAGGUCACCACUAGCAGCUCCUGCCUGCACUUUGUGUCUGCAGCCACUCCAGAGGCCCUGGCUGCCCACGGGGGCCGCAUCCUGCCCGGAGAUGAGAUCGUGCAGGUCAACGAGCAGGUGGUGGUGGGGUGGACCCACGGCAACCUGGUGAGGAAGCUGCGGGAGCAGGCGAGAGCAGUGACCCUGGUGCUGAAGAGGAUCCCCCUGCCCCUGCCCAGCUCUCCGCCCUCUCCCAGGCAGCAGCUCCCAGGUGCGCUUCUGGACACUGCGGAUCGUCCUGGCACCAGGAGCAGCGAGUGCCCGGGCAGCCCUGUGUCCCUGACCUCCAGUGCUGCUGCCGACCUGGAAUCGGGGCCGGACUCUGCGCCAGACCUCGGCAGCGAGGAAGAGGACAGAGAGGACGAGAGGGGCGUGGGGCUGCCCGCGGCGGCUGCGGGGGAGCUGCUGAGGCUGCCUGGCUGCGGUGUGCAGGAGGAGGCACCGUGGGAGGCUGGCACCGCGUGGGGCACCACACCAGGCACCCUUGCUCUUGCAGGACCUUGCCCCACAGAGCUCAGCUCCACAGUAGCCCCCACGGCAGAGGCUGGGGGUGCAGAGCACAGCCCUGGGGAGGGCAGCCCCCAGACAGGACGCAGACCUAAAGGAGUGGCGACCAGGCUGAGCCGCCGGCGGGUGUCCUGCCGGGACCUGGGCCGGGUGGACUGCGAUGGGUGGCUCCUGAAGAAGAAGGACCAUGGAGGCUUCAUGGGCCAGAAGUGGAAGCGGUGCUGGUUCGUGCUGAAGGGCCACACACUCUACUGGUACCACCACCCCAACGAUGAGAAGGCUGCAGGGCUCCUCAACGUGGCCACCUACGACCUGGAGAGCUCAAGGGAGCAGAAGAAGAAAUACGUGUUCCAGCUGUGCCAUCAGAAGUACAAGCCCUUUGUCUUCGCUGCAGAGACGCUGGCUGACCUGAGCAUGUGGGUCAGUCACCUAAUAACAGCCAAAACCAAGUAUGCCCUGCCCCAGCAGUCAGUCCCAGACAAGGAGGAAGACUGCUACAGUGAGACAGAAGCUGAGGACCCUGAUGAUGACUCCCCCAGGCCAGGGUGUGACUCGCCAAAGAGGAGGUUGCCAAACACCCUGGAGAAAUCGCAGCUCCUCUGCGGCGGUGGUGAGCCCAGCAGCACAGCCAGCAGCCCCCAGGGCAGCCCCCGGGCCUGCUCGCCCAUGGAGCCUGCUGGGGAGGACCUGGAGUGCCUGAUGAGGUGCCUGAAGCAGGGGGGGCUGUCCCUGCUGGGGCGGCAGCGGUUCCUGACGCAGGAGCAGUGCCGCAGGUCCUUCGUGCGGCGCAACAAGAACCCCCACAUCAACGAGAGGGUGCACACCCUGCGGGCCCUGCAGAGCACACUCAAGGCCAAGCUGGCGGAGCUGCAGGCUUUGGAGCAGCUGCUUGGUGCUGCUGCACUCACUUCAGAGGCGUUCACACGCUGGAAAGAAGAGCACCAGGAGCUGUACCAGGAGCUGCAGGAGUGGUGGGCACCACGGCAGGGCCAGGACAGCAACGAGGGGCUCGAGGCUGAGCAUGGCCCCCGCAGAGAGGCAGCUGAACCCUGACACUGCUCUGGCACGAGUCCUUGCUGGCACAAACCAGGGUGCUGUGGGAGCUGAGUGGGUGCUCUACCUGUGCUGGGAGAGCUCAGGGGUGAUGAAGAUGUUUGUGAGGGCUCAGCCCCCACUAUGGACUUGCUGCAGAAGUGGUUUCUGCUUCAUCCCCGUGGAGGGGACAAGUGAUGAUCUUGCUUCUUUCAAGGACAUUUUGCCUCAGCUGCAGGGUGGCCACAGUGGCUCUUCCCUGGAGGAACAUGUGCCUGCCGUGGUGCUGCCAGCCCGGGGCUCUCCUGCUGCCAAUAAACCGCCAAGGGAGGCUGCUCCUGC